AUGUCUUUUACCGCUCGGUCGACCUCGCCCCGCGCGCGAAGGGCAUUGCACGAGCGUACCCCCUCUCACUCAAACGAAAGAUCACCAACCCAGUCAUUACGCAUGGUGCCGAACGAAGAACUUGAUAUGUACACUGCGACCCCAUUCCCGACCAAACCCGAGCAGAUCCUGCUACCUCUCCCCGGCAAAGGACAACAACAAUACAUAUCAGACACCGGUUUCAGCUAUUCAGACCACCCAGGAUCGUCAGCUUAUUCCCCACCGGCCUUCACCCAACCGGGACCCAACAGCCCGAGAGAUCACUCAAUUGGCGAGAGCUGGGAUGUAUCCUCCACCGUGGAUACCGGCAACUCGCCUCCGCAGUUGUGGGAUGAUGACCCAUCCUCCAGCAAGUCAUCGCUGCCAGACACGGGGAAAGCACCAGACUAUGGGUCCGAGAGCUCAGAGUACUCGGAUGACGAGAUGAUGGUCUUGCCGACUACUACGCCAACUAUCAAAGCCGUCAUCUCUGAGCCAUCCAUGUCGCCAAAGUCCUCUGCGGAGUCCGUCGCUGGCUACUCCAGCCCUGUCCUCGAACAACUCGGCGCCCCGUCAAGUCCCAACUUUGUGAUGCUGGAUAACUCGAGCAUGAACUUCCACGGUUCGGCUACAGCUUCAGAGUCAGAUCCGCGAACAAACUCCCUCUCCUCGUAUAACUCACGAGGCACCGUCGUCAGACGCGUCGGCUCUGCACCCUGGUUCCAAAAUGCUUUCCAACCAGCUUCAUCCGAGCACUCAAGCUAUGGAUCCCCGUCGUUCCACUCCAGCCCGCCCGCACAGUCCAUUGCCUCAUUCCACUCCAGCCCACCCGCGCAAUCAAUAGCUUCAUUCCGCUCGUCAUCCAGGGCACCAUCAGGCAGCCGUUCCCAAUCAGCAACAUCUUCUUCGCGCAGCCUCCGCUCCGCUUCUGACUUGCAGGCAGCCAUCGACAAUGGCGUGCCUAUUCAAUACCCGCGUAUUCGCGUGCCAUCGUCUUCAAGCUCCCGCGCCGGCACAUCAGUUACAUCAGAACGCGACUUCACCCCUGGCCCUCCAUCCGGACGAUGCAAUCCCCACUUGGCAUCAGGACGCUGGAACCCGCAUCUAUCAACAGUCUCAUCCAUCUGGUCCGCCGAUGAAUUAACCAACCUCGCUGGACAAACAGACACAGACUCAGACCGCGACAUGGCAGAGCCAACCCUACCCCCACCAGCAGCCCUGAGCCCAGAACCCACCAGAUCCUCCGUCUGGCUCGUCGACUCCAACGACAGCGACGAUGAGCGCCUCGAUAGUCUAACCAAACUCCCCACCCGCCCAAUCUUCUCCCAAAGUCUCUCCUCCGGCUCAAAACGAAGCAACAGCACCCGCAGCCUCCAACGCCCAGGCACGGGGACAAGCACAAUCCUCAACAUUCUCCCAACCUGGGCAAAAGUCUACUACCUACGCGAACCAAUGGGCCUAAACUCAACACUAUCCAUGAUGGACACUACCCGUGCACCGUCCACCCGUCCACCAUCUACCCGCCCACCAUCCACGCGCCCAGGAACUGGAACCUCAAAUUCAAGCGUCUACAACCUCGUCCCAGGCCCUCUCAACGUCCCCCGCCCCCGCUCCCCAGAACGCAGACCUCCCUCCCCACAACGCAAACCCAUCCCUCAACGCCGUCUAGAAAGCGACCCGCGCGAUCCACGCGCCCACUGGGUCCCUUCCCCACAGCCCGAAGACGGCGAGUUCACCGGCAGCCACCUCAACCGCCUCCGACACAGCUGGUCACCACACCUCCUCCCAGACCGACGUGUGCUGCAGCACUCAACAAGCCGGUGGCGGGCGCCAUCCCUCGACUCCCGCAAUGAGCCCGUCUUCGGCCGUCGAAAUAUCCAGGUCUAUUCAUUCUGCGUUGGGUUCAUUUUCCCUGUUGCAUGGUGUGUUGCGGCGUUCCUGCCACUGCCGCCGAAACCCAAGAUGUCGCAGAUGGUCGAGUAUGAGUCUGGUUCGGAUGUUGGUGCGGCACUUGAGGCUCAAUGUGUUAAUUUGCAGCAAAGGAGGAGAGAUAAUGCGCGUUGGUGGAGGAAUCUUAAUCGAUGGAUGAUCUCCCUUGGGGUUGUUAUUAUUGUUGUUAUUAUUGUGUUGGCUGUUAUUGGGACUACCACGGGUUUUUAG